AUGCCUACAAUAAAGAAAAUAUUGAUGUUCUUAUCUGGCUUUAUCACAAGCUUGGGAUCUCUCAUCGUAAUUUGCUCUGUUCUUGGGACUCGAGAAUGGAUGAGCAGUACCAUUGCCAUCAGUGAGCCUUCUUCAAAUGGUAGUCUCGUUAUUACCUACGGACUCUUUCGUGGUAACAGUUUUCAAGAACUGGAUCAAGGACUUGCAGAACCAAGCAAAGAAUUUGGAGUUAUAGGGCAACUGAAUAAUUCUUCCCAAAAAUCUCUGCAUUUGGCGGUUAUGCUGUUCCUGGUUCUCAGUUUGCUCACUUCGCUGCUGAGCUGUGUGUUUACCCUCUACAACAGCAUCAGCAACCCCUACCAGACGUUCUUGGGACCAGUGGGGGUGUACACCUGGAGCGGACUCAGUGCAUUGUUAACUUUCGUGAGCAUGAUGCUGUUUGUGGGGAACAUACAAUCCAACCAUCUCUCGGAAGAGUUGGCCCAGGUGCUUUACCCACUGUAUCCAAGAACCGCUUACAAAGGAACAUCGCACAGUUAUGGAUACUCCUUUUGGCUCCUGCUGCUCAUCAUUCUUCUAAAUAUAGUCACUGUGGUCAUCAUCAUUUUCUACCAGAGGUCCAGACGCCAGCGGAAGCAGGAACAGAGGAAGCUGACGGAACAUGCUCCAAGGGAUGGAAUUUUAUUCUGAGUCCUGUAUCACGCUCUUGUGUCAGUAGGUCUGCUCUAUUGUACAUCAGCUCCCCAAGCAGUAACUGGGCAGCUUGUCUGACAAGCAGGGUGGUAAAGGGCAGUCCUGGUGGACUGUCAUUUUGUGAUAGUUUUUCUAUCUCAUGACCCUACGUUCUUCAUAAAUGAUGUGCCCUU